AUGGCUGAAGCUACCGCACUAUUGGAGUGGAUCUCCUUAGCUCAGAUCUUGCACCAGGUCAACGACAACUUCGACCUUCUGGGCAAGCUCAUCAAGCGUGAGAACCUGGGGUUGGAACGACGCCAAGCCGAAGAGGUGCGACGUGAAGUUCUGGCGGCUCUUCAAGAACUUGUGCAUCCUAGUGUCGAGCUCUUCUGGACUGGCACAGCGUUCCAGCAAGACGUACUUGCGGAGUCGCUUGCCUCGAGGCAGCUUGCCACUGGAAACUACCAGGUCAGCUACCCAAACCUUCAAGGAAGUCAUAAACACCUCUGCCUUAUCGAUGACUUCGGGUUUAACUACCCCUUCAGUGCCGCCAGAUUCGACUCUACGUCUGGACUUCCAGAAUGGCUGCUUUACGCCAAAGCCAGAGGCCAGCAACACGCUAAGACGCAGGGAGUAAUAACCCAAACGACUAUCCAAGACCUAUGGAAUGACUUUACGCGGCUUUCAGCCCUUCAAACUCGACGAACUCAACCAUCAGCCGAUGCACUUGUCUCCUAUCCAACAGCUCACCUCAUGCGAAAACCACGGGACAGGCUCUCGGAGACUCACUAUGACUCCACUCGUUUAAGACAACUUCGACGACUUGCCAGACCGUGGCUGCGUCUCACACCUUCCGGUGACAUCAUUUACUCCCCCACCGCUGAGAUUAUGAAUCGAACACCCGAGACCAUCUCGGAGAAUCACUACGAUGAAUCUCACCACCGACAACUUCGACGUCCUGUCCGUCUGACAAAAACCCGCCAACAUCAAUAUUCCAUAGUGCAGAGAGCCAGUUCCAGUUUACCAUACAGAUGUGUACCUUCAGUUCAUACUGACACAGCCGGGUUGACCUUUACAUCAACGCAACAACACCACAUUUCUGCACCAUCACGGUCAGCAAAAAACCGCCUGGUCAUGGUUCAGUCAUGCCAAAAAGCUAUCCAAUGGCCAUCCUUGGAGGCCGAUGCCUUCGAUGACACUCAUGCCUACCAAGCAAUCAACCGCGCCGGUGCACACAACUUUUUGCAGCUCCUCGAAUGGGUCCCUCCGCCUCCCAGACAGUUCACACAAGACCAGAUCCUACAUGAGAUUUGGCUGUGUUGCUGGAAUGAGUACAAAUACACGCCACUCAACUGCAACAUAUGCCGCACAAUCUACGACGCCAACCUCCUCAUGGCACGCAGGCGCAUCUUACCGGCCUCCAACAACAUCGCCUAUAAUGCUGGCCCCACCGAUAUCAGGAAACUUAUUUACUACCGACUGAAAAUCGAAGAGACGCCCCCGCCAGCUUCCGUGAGCUUUUGCGUCCCCCGAACACAAUCCAUCCCAGAUCAACUCGACGACCUCAGACGCUGCCUCGAACGGUACAUGGAAUGCAGCCAGGAAAGGAGGGGUGCCCAGAACAGCUUCGGAGACAUCACCUACGAGGUUAACCUCAUCAAUGAGCAGACUUUCGACGACCCAUGGGACGUGAGUUAUCCAACGGAAAUCAUGCCCCCCAGACCUCCACUCCUCUGCGUCACCAAUCGGCAUGAGUUCUGCCCACGUCGACUUACCGCGCUUCGUCCAGAGAAUAGUGAGAACGACAUCCCGGCCAAUAGCCCAACAAGGCAGAAUAGCCGACGAAGUGACAAUGCCAGCCCAAGCAACACACUGCACCGAUCGAUGCUGCAGUUCAGAUAAAUGUAAACUAUUCACUCGUCGU